GUUCAACUUAAGCUACAUGUGAUGCGAGCAGAAGAUGGAUCCUCCAACCUUCUUAUUUCGGGCGCCUUUAUGAGCGUCCUACGACGGCUAAUCAACGACAGAGGCGCUCUAAGAUCAGGUUGCUUUCCACACUGGAAAUUUCAAAACUCGAAGCGGAUCUCUGGUAAAUGAACGAGGAGUCUUUUCGGGCUGGGUGUACUGCUCACGUUGCACCAUAAGCCGUCCUCGGACCUUCGAAAUCUUCACCGGCUGCAUGACGGCAAUGUCAGCCAUGUCACGUAGUACAGUUUUCCAUUAUUAGACGCCUAUGCAAGGGAUCGAUUUCAGAUGAAGCGGUUAGUCAAGGUUCCCAGCCGUUUAUCAAAGCAUAUAUAGUUCUUUAUCCCGCAGAAUACUCUUUUCCUAUCUGCUAUUUUUCUCAAAUUCAUGUAUUUAUGGACCCAAAGCUCACCACCCUCAUCUCCGAAAGAGGAAUUAGAUUCUGACUUCGUGCUACUCUCCCAUCAACCCGACAUUUCCAACCUGAGCGAUGACGCGAAGCAUGUUCCGAAACCUAUCACCGUCAAUGUCAAUGACACAGUCGAAAUGGGCAGAUUCAUUAAAGAGCACGGAAAUGAAAGAUGGUUGAGCAGAGAAGAUCGGUCCGUACGUGAAGUGGACUUGAUGAUCGUUACAAUGAUACAAUUCGUUAUUAUCGUAGUGAUGGGUACUAUUGCACUUCUACUUCUGGCCUCGCCUGAAACACCAGGUGAUCCGACCACUACUCAAGCGGGUGCAAUAAAUCUGCACCUGGAGAUCUCGCUGGGCCAAACGGCGUGUACAUCGAGUUACUCGAUUGCUGAUUCGUUAAUGUUGAGGCUGAACACGUCUUGCAUCGAAGUGCGACGGCAAUGAGUUCUGAGGGGAUACUACCUGCAUCUUGUUUUUUGUUCUGUCGUCUGGCACGCAGCUUUACCUCUUGUACCAGGCUCUUUUGUACGAAGGGUGGCUAUUCAAGUCACGCAUACACAGUCUUGCUAGAAAUGUUCAAUGUAGAGUGCUAGG